GAUGGGCUGAUGUUUGAUUUCUGAGAAAAAUUUUUAAGUUCCAUGUGUUUGGAUUUAUUGUUGCAUAGUUGCUUUGGUCUUUGCUAUCUUGGCUUUGAAAUAACGUUUUUUCAUGCUGUGAUGAACACAUCUUGAAAAAUACGAUCGUUGCCGUGAUUUUACAUGAAAAAAAAUAUUUGUGAUCCCAGCUCAGGCCAUCCGUUCCACAACUUCAGGUAUUUAAAAUUCAUUCCUCUUUGUAUUUUUCAGCUUCAACUCCAGAAAAAAAAAUAUGACGACAUCGCGUUGAGUGUUUUCUUCUUUAGGCCCAAGCACCACCUCAUGGAUUCCUUAAGAGCUACAAUUAAAUCUGUUUGUUGUAUUUGGAAUUCUUACAUCAUGGGCUAUAAACGAAUUCAGUCAUGCGAACUUACGCUCCUGAGAACAGCUCAGAGACAACAUGAAAAGCUAUGUCUCUUGCUCUGGGUCUUUUUGUGGCCCGAUUAUUUCGUUUACUGCAUCCUCUUCUACUUGUGAUUGGUAUAUCUCUUUUGGGUAAUGCGUUAGAUGUAAAGAACUCCUACUGUAAGUGCGAGGAGUUUCCAAUCGAGGAUCGGCCGUUUGUAGCGAUAUGGAACGCCCCGACGGGUGGAUGUUCUGUCAAUUUUAGCAUCAACAUCAACUUGAGAGACUUUGACAUCCUGGAAAAUCCGAAACAAACUUGGAAUGGAAAAUAUGUGACAGUAUUUUAUAAUGCACAACUGGGAUUAUAUCCUUAUUUUACAAACGAGCAGGGAACAAACAGCUAUAACGGAGGAAUGCCCCAGCUGAUAGAUUUAGCUGCACAUCUAAGAAAAAUGAAAAGAGACAUCAUUAAAAAAAUUCCAGAUCCAGAUUAUAGUGGCCUUGUCAUAAUAGACUGGGAAGGAUGGCGCCCGACAUGGGAGAGAAACUUUGAUUCUAAGCGAAUUUAUCAAAGUAGAUCAGUGGAGCUUGUCCAAGACAAACAUCCGGAGUGGUCCAUGGAAGAAGUCAUUGAGGAAGCAAAAAAAGAAUUUGAAAGAACUGCUCGGGUAUUUAUGGAGAGUUCUAUCAAGUUAGCAAGACAAGUCAGACCUAAGGGAUUAUGGGGCUUCUAUGGGUUCCCUGACUGUUUUGGAUCAAAUGAAACAAAUUACCGCUGCUCUGAUGAUCACCAGGAGAUGAACAACAAACUCAAGUGGUUGUUUUCAAGCAGUAUGGCACUGUACCCAUCUGUUUACAUUUACGAUCAACAGUCUUGGAAUAAAGCUUUUACUUAUGGGAGACUAGAGGAAGCUAUUAGACUGGCAACUUGGGUGUCAAAGGAAAAUAAGAGAACAGUUCCUGUGUUUCCUUAUUUCCGUCACCUAUAUGAAGGAAAACCAUUUGAGUUUGACUACCUUACUCUGGUUGAUCUACACAAUACAAUUGGCCAAGCAGCUGAUAUGGGUGCAGCGGGUGUAGUCAUGUGGGGGAACAGGCGUGAUGAGAACACCUCUCCUGAAGUUUGCACUCAGCUCAAUGACUACAUUAAAACAAAACUUGGUCCUUACUUUGAAUCUGUAAGGCAUCGAACAGAGGUCUGCAGCCAGAAAAAGUGUAAAGGUCGUGGACGGUGUGUCGAUAGUCGGCUCAUUUCAGCAAGAUGGGUGGCUGAGGAGCCACGUUUGUAUGCACCAACUUGUAAAGGAUCGCCAAAGCUAUUUUCUCCAUUCAUACGGCAGCACUCCUCUCACCACAACCAUCGAGGUGACCAGGCAAAAACCAAUAUUCACAUCCCGAACAAAAGUUACAGCAAAGGUCAUAAUUCGCCAGUGGCUGUCAAAACACACCAUAAACAUGGAUUGAGCUCCGAACAACGAAAUUAUUUAAUGAAAGAGCUCACACUGCUCAAUGCUACAGGAAGCAGGAAGGUGUUCCUCAAAUCUCGUCAUCGUAACUCUACCAAGGACUUCGUGGUUUUCAUGUCCACAUCUGACUCGGCUGUUGAGGUGAACAAAGCUCCUCAGGAUGCUGAUAGAGGAGUAGUGGCGACGAGUGGACUGCACUACCAUGACCAGUUAAAUGACAGUCCAAGUUUUACUGAAACAGCAUCCAGUAGAGCCAUGGCACCAAGCAAACUGAUGCUUUGUAAUGAAUCGUCACCAGAAUAUACGAACUGUGAAAUCAUGAAAGAAAGUCCAUCAGCGUACAACAGUGGAUUCCAUUUCCCUCACACUUAUGUGGUUUUUAUCUGCGCGUCUCUCGGCUCCGCCCUGCUGGUAUCCACCACUUUCAUUAUGAGUUACUAUUACUGCAAUAUUCGCAAGAAGGUAGAAGAUGAUGAAGAUAUUCCGCGCGGAGACUGAUAACCAGUGACAAAAGUGCCGAAGUAACCCUGGUGAAACUUUGAAGACUGAGCUUCCGUUGAAUAUCUAUCAUCAGUGUUUGGCUGUUCGCCACCAUUGUUGGAAGUUGAAACAAAGGUGGAACGCACGUGAACGAGUACCUUUAAUAAACAACACAAAAUAUCCACUGUUUGCUUAUCAACGGUAGAAAUGCGGCACAGAAUAAUCUUUGUGACUAAAAGACGUAAAUCUGACUUGUUAAUUGUCCUUUGGCAACUGAAGGUUUCAAAUUCCACUCAAAUUCCGCUCUGAUCGGAUUAAAAUAAAAAUACAAUUUAUGACUGAGUUUUUUGCUUCAGCCAAAAGAGGGUGAUUUUGUCAACGAAAGAUUUUCGCGGCUUGUGUUAAAAAAAAAGAAGGUAUUGAUGGGUCGAUUUCAUCUGAACUAGAUCAAUUGCAACAAUUUGUUUUAUUCACAAUCAAGGGAUUUUCCAUCAUCGAUCAGAUAUUUUCGAUAUUUAGGAGGAGCCUUUGUGGCGACUUCUCGUCACUCCUUUCUGUUUUGACAUUUGUAUUUUGUAAGUUGAACUCCUUUUAGAUAACGGAAAUGGCCAUAAAAAUAUCAGCCCGGCAAUCGGUUUUUGACAUCACAGGUUUUCAAUUUCUGUUUUGCUUACAAUAGAAAAACACGACGUUUGUCUCGAAAAAAAAAAGAUGCUUUUACAGGAUUAGGAGUUGUGUGUAAACAGAACACCCACAAGUACCAUGCUUGGGAUCAAAAGGUCUUGUUGCAAAGUAUAAAGAAUGUAUUUUUUGAUUAAUAAAAAUGCUUAAACUUA